AUGGAGGAUCAUGGUCAUAGAGAACAGGAUGAAUUUGAGAUAGAUGAUGAUAAGGAACACAGUAUGUCAAUGUUGAGAGAGCCAUUUCUUGUUAGGAAUAGAAAGAACAAUACUUCUCAGAUUGCCAUUGUUGGUGCCAAUACCUGCCCUAUUGAAAGCCUUGAUUAUGAGAUUGCUGAGAAUGAACUUUUUAAACAGGACUGGAGGUCUCGAAAGAAGGUUGAGAUAUUUCAGUAUGUUUUCCUCAAGUGGACACUCGCUCUCCUUAUUGGGUUAGGUACAGGGCUUGUUGGCUUUUUCAAUAACCUUGCUGUUGAGAAUAUAGCUGGGUUCAAACUUCUAUUGACAAACAAUCUCAUGCUUCAGAACAAGUAUUAUCAGGCAUUUGCAACUUAUGCUGGUUCCAAUGUGGUUUUGGCUAUUGCUGCUGGAGCCCUCUGUGCUUACAUUGCUCCUGCAGCAGCAGGCUCUGGUAUACCUGAGGUUAAAGCAUAUCUCAACGGUGUAGAUGCUCCUUCUAUUUUGGCUCCUGCUACCCUCUUUGUAAAGAUAUUUGGGUCCAUAUUUGGAGUUGCUGCUGGAUUUGUUGUUGGUAAAGAAGGACCCAUGGUACAUACUGGUGCUUGCAUAGCCUCCUUACUUGGACAGGGAGGUUCUCGUAAGUAUCAUUUGACAUGGAAAGGGCUGAGAUACUUCAAAAAUGACCGAGACCGGCGAGAUUUGAUUACAUGUGGUUCUGCUGCUGGUGUAGCAGCUGCCUUCCGAGCUCCUGUUGGUGGGGUCUUAUUUGCCCUUGAAGAAGCUGCUUCCUGGUGGAGGAGUGCCCUUCUUUGGAGGACAUUCUUUACAACAGCUGUAGUAGCAGUUGUAUUGAGAGGUCUCAUAGAAAUUUGCCGAACUGGAAAAUGUGGGCUAUUUGGACAAGGAGGUCUGAUCAUGUUUGACGUAAAUUCUGCAAAAGCUACUUACAGUACCCCAGAUUUACUAGCAGUUAUUUUCCUUGGAGUGAUAGGAGGUGUUUUUGGAAGCCUUUACAACUUUUGUGUUGACAAGGUCCUUCGCACUUACAGCAUCAUCAAUGAGAGGGGUCCUUCAUUUAAGGUCUUGCUUGUUAUUGUCAUUUCCCUUUUGACCUCUUGCUGCUCCUACGGCCUCCCAUGGCUUUCACAGUGCAUUCCCUGCCCCCCUCACAUGGUCGAGCAAUGUCCCACAGAAGGUCGCUCUGGCAACUUCAAGAAUUUCCAGUGUCCGCCAAACCACUAUAACGAUCUUGCUUCCCUCUUUUUCAACACCAAUGAUGAUGCCAUCCGCAACCUAUUCACUGCUGGCAGUGAAAAGGAAUUUCAACUCUCCACCCUUCUGGUUUUCUUUGUUGCUAUUUUCUGCCUUGGCAUUGUUACUUAUGGCACUGCUGUUCCCUCUGGGCUCUUCAUCCCAGUCAUUCUUGCUGGGGCCUCUUAUGGGCGUCUUGUUGGCACACUGCUUGGUCACCUUUCUAAUCUUGAUGUGGGUCUCUUUGCCCUUCUUGGAGCUGCCUCCUUCCUUGGUGGCACCAUGAGAAUGACAGUUUCUCUUUGUGUCAUACUUCUUGAACUUACUAACGAUCUGCUUAUGCUUCCACUAAUGAUGCUCGUGCUCCUCAUUUCAAAAACUGUGGCUGAUAGUUUCAACAAGGGUGUUUAUGAUCAAAUUGUGAAAAUGAAAGGAUUGCCUUAUAUGGAAGCCCAUGCAGAACCAUACAUGAGACACCUUAUUGCAAGUGAUGUUGUUACUGGUCCGUUAGUUACAUUCUCUGGGAUUGAAAAAGUAGGGAACAUAUUACAGGUUUUGACAACAACAGGGCAUAACGGAUUCCCUGUGAUUGAUGAGCCACCUUAUUCAGAUGCUCCAGAAUUGUGUGGGCUUGUCUUGAGGUCUCAUCUUCUCGUGUUGCUUAAAGGAAAGAGAUUUACAAAGCAGAGAGUAAAGAAGGGAUCAGAAAUUAUGAGGAGUUUCAAGGCACAUGAUUUUGGAAAGGCUGGAUCAGGCAAAGGGGUCAAGUUGGAGGAUUUGGAGAUCACAGACGAGGAGAUGGAGAUGUAUGUUGAUCUCUAUCCUAUUACUAACACAUCUCCAUACACUGUGGUUGAAACAAUGUCUCUAGCUAAAGCAGCUGUUCUCUUUCGGGAACUUGGCCUUAGACACUUGUGUGUCGUGCCGAAGACACCAGGGAGGCCUCCAAUUGUUGGAAUCCUGACUCGGCACGACUUCACACCAGAACACAUAUUGGGGCUUUACCCACAUAUUAAACCCCACAAAUAG